UCCUGUUUCGAGUCGGCGCCUCACAUGUUCAUCUAUCUAGCCGCGACUAUAGCAAAAGCUCGAUCAAGCGUGACAUACCACAAUCCGGGGUUCUCUAAUCGACAGAGCUCGCAUAAACAUACCCGACUUGGUCCGCAACAUUUGCUUCCCCUCACUUGCGAAUGUCUCGCAUCUUGUCGUUGUUGAUGGCUUGCCAGUUGCUCGCCAAAGAGAGCCCAGGAAGAGGAUCGCCAACUUCAACCACAAACUCCUUCGGUAUGUUCUCCAAUCACCAUACGCACGUAUCAAGGGGCCUGCGUACACCACCAAUAACAUAUCUGGUAACAACUUCGACCUCACAGAUCUUUUGCCAAUCAUGCAAGGACUUCACAAUGAUAUUGUGUUGAUAUUGGUAUAUGAGUACACUUGAUUGAGCGACGUUAUUGACUACC